GUCUUUCCCCUCCGACAGAAACCACAUUGUCCGUCUCUCGACCCUUUUUGCACUUGUCUUGUCGGAGGGAAGAGGAGGAAACCGUUCCAAUCACCACGUCGGUCGUAUCCUUCUCUUUGGACAAUUCCCGAAAGAUGGUUCCUCUUAUUGGUUAACCCGCGAACCGCCGAAGCUCACAACCGCACCUCACCUGCAUCAUCAUCAUCAUCAUACGCUCAUUUGAACGAACCAGUCAUUCUGAACCUUAAUCCCGAUCGCAGCACCACAGUCAUUCCUUUGUCAUACAAACCAUGGCCGAAUUAAUGUCGCUUCAUGGGUGGUCUCACCCUCCCCUUCAAACGGAGUCCGCUGUGUCGGAACGGCCAGAGAAACGAGAGACACGCUCCACUUCGAAGCUCCGAUCCCUUACCUCCAGCAAAACAGUCUUUCGAGCCAAGUCAGCCAAUGCUCUGUCUGACAUGUUGGGUGGCUCGAAAACAGCCAAGCCCCAAUCCUUUGAAUCUGAUUCCUUGCUCAAUACACUGCGUGAUCCUAGAACUGCGAGUACCACGGACUUGUCUCGAACUGCCGCCUCGUCUCCAAGGCAUCCAGACCUGAGCAAUGAAGUGGCUGCGUUGAGCGAUAAGCUCAUCCAAGCAAUUAACAACCAAACAGUUCUUGACGAUACCUUGGCGGCAACCCGUCAAGAACUAGAGUUAUCUCGGGAAAGAGUUCUUCAAUUAGAGGAAGAAAACAAGAAACAUCAGGAAGACAUUUCCAAUGGUAUAUUGAUCCGGCACGACAAAGUGGAGUCUGAAAAAAUGCAGCUCAAGAAAGAACUGGAAGAAGAAAGGGGCCGCAGAAUGAUUGUUGAGAGGGAAAAGAAAGGAAUUGAGCAAGAACUGGCAGAUCUAACUGCAGCUCUGUUUGAAGAGGCCAAUAAGAUGGUUGCUGCGGCAAAGAAAGAGCGUGAAGCGGUUGAAAAAAGGAAUGAGCAAUUACAAGCACAGAUAAAAGACACAGAAACGCUACUGGCGUCGCACCAAGAACAGCUGGCAGAGCUAAAGUUGGUAAUGCAGCACAUGCACAGUGACAGAGAUGACAGUGACAUGCGCACUGAUCCUUCAACUGCCCCAACUUCACCAGCUGCAGUCCAAUCGCAAGGAAACUUAGGCCGUCUGCUCGAAGCUAUGAAUUUGUCUCCCACUACACCUGGUGCAGGAGACAUAUCCCCAGCACCUUCAACGAGUUUCUCUCACCUGAUAAAAUCUGUCUGCCGAACGGACAUUCAGGCCUAUGAUGAUUUUCAUGCUUUACUACAUCUGUCCACAAGUUCUAAACCACCAAGCAGGGUGGUCAGUGGUUCUUAUGCUGGACUGAAUGUCAUAGGUCUCGCAAGCCUGGCCGGAAACUACACCUCUCCACAACACCAACAUCGCUCCAGUGCCCCUGCAAAUACGCCCUCUGCAGUUAAUUCUUCGCCUAACGGCAGUUCCGCGUCUCCUCGCCAAUCCACUUCAUAUACUGCCCUUAAAGAGUCAAAGUUCUAUAAAAGGGUAAUGACGGAAGAUAUCGAACCAACGCUGAGACUUGAUCUCGCACCUGGUAUAUCCUGGUUGACAAGGCGAUCUGUGAUAAGUAGCAUAUGUGAUGGAGGGUUGGUAAUUGAGCCAAUCCCAUCUGCUGCUGUCAAGUACUCCCCGCCAUGUGCUCUAUGUGGUGAGAAACGAAGCGACAAUGAUCAUGCACGGACGCACCGUUUCCGGACCUCUGACAACGAUUCGGCCCAAAAGCAUCCUCUUUGCCUACUCUGCCUUGAAAAGAUGAGAUCAUGUUGCGAUUUUGUUGGCUAUUUACGGCUUAUUGUUGAUGGCCAUGUCCGCAUUGGAGAUGAAGAGGAUGAAAAAGAGGCGUGGGAGGAAACUGUCCGUCUCAGAGAACGUAUGUUCUGGUCGCGAAUCGGGGGCGGCGUCGUUCCUACUUUCAUCAAGGCGGAUUCUUCCGAGAAGGACCCUUCCAUACGAAACAUUGACUCUUCUCCAACAAAGAAAAGUUAUGGAAAUUUAACGGACGGUGACCAGCCACUUGUGUUACGCAAGCGAGAUGAAGAUGGUGCCACUCACAACAGGGUGUCGCCCGAAGACCCAUUUGUCUCUCACACGAAUAGGGCAUCCAUCGGAGGGACUAUCAUCUCUCGAGAAGAAACUGUGCAACCAGAAGCGAAAAGUGAAAAAACUUUGAAUGAGCCUGUGAGCGGCACAUCCGAUAAUAACAACCACGCUCAACACGACGAUAAUCCCCCAGGUCGUCUUCCGAAAGAUAAUAUCGCAACUUCGACAGAAUCCAACCCCGAUCCUGCACUUAUAGGAUCCAUCGAAGCCAGUGCUAUCGAGCCGAAGCUCAAAGUGACUAUACCAGCGGCAGUUUAAAACAUCCCUAAUCCAUUGAACCGUCACCCUACCAACAUUGACGUCAUUCCAUUCUUCCCGAAGCUUUUAAGAAUUUCGCCCAUCAGGAACUUGAUGUUCUCAUUACUUCCAAUUUCCAUACUGGUGCUGUGCACUGAUUUAUUCACUUUAAUGUUAAAUAUUUUAAUAGCUUCUGAAACGCCCGCAGCGCAUCCAUGGUUGCUUUCAAUGUUGAUCAAGCGUCAGGGCACCCAGCUGCAUAUGCCCACUUCUAUACUGUUUCCAUUUUUAUAUCUGAUUGUCUUUUUCAUCACUUCUUUCCGCCUUCCAAGUGGUGAUAUGGAGUACAAGUUUGAGGCAAUGAAACCUCUUUUUGCAUGGCUGCACAGCCCUUUCUCUGUCAAUUUUGCAUUGAUGUCAAUACCUAUUGAAAUUCCACUGCAUUGUAUUGCACUUCUUCUUUCCAUUCCGGCCUCCAACUUCGGGACUACUUGCAGAAUGGAAUGGUAACUACACAUAGGUUAUAUAUUUCGCUUAUCCCCCCUUUUCCUUAGAACAUCGGACUGGGAGGAAUUUCUUUAUUUAAGAUUGCAUUAGGAAGCUGGGAGAAUAAGUGAGAGAUUAGAAUUCUUGUAUAUAUACAAAUAUUAGCACUUUUUGGAGCCCA